CAGGGCAAGGCUGGGAGUUUUUCAUUUGCUGAUUUGAAAGCAAUCAGGAGGAGGCAUUUCUGUGGCUGCCCAGGAGGCUUUGUGCUGGCUGGGCGUGUGGUCAGCUCUUUUUUCUAGUGGCUACACUAGGUCAGGUAACACGCUGAAAAAGAAGUCCUGGGUGAAUCAGGGCUUUCAUAUUGCUCUGCUAGGGACAGGUGUUUGUAAAGGUGUCUCAAAACCCAGGGAAUCCAAGCUGUUUGCUCAUCUGCAGCAGGACAAGACUGAGCUGUUGAAUGCGUCUGCAAGUCUACGUCAACAAGGUGCUUGAGAUUCCCUGAAGAGAGAAAAGUCCAGAGGAAAGGUUCAGUGUUGGCAACUCUCAGCUCAGAAAUAAGUAAGCAUUUGAAGAUGACAACCUCAUGGAGCGACCGACUGCAGAAUGCAGCAGAUCUCCCUGCAAACAUGGAUGGACACGCUCUCAAAAAGUACCGCCGGGAAGCCUAUCACCGGGUCUUUGUAAACAGAAGCUUAGCCAUGGAAAAGAUAAAGUGCUUUGGUUUUGAUAUGGACUAUACACUUGCUGUGUAUAAAUCCCCUGAAUACGAAUCUCUUGGAUUUGACCUGACCGUAGAAAGAUUAGUUUCCAUUGGAUACCCUCAUGAGCUGCUCAAUUUUGUGUAUGAUCCUGCAUUCCCUACCAGAGGCUUGGUGUUUGACACCCACUAUGGAAACCUGCUGAAAGUUGAUGCCUAUGGGAACCUCCUAGUAUGUGCACAUGGCUUUAAUUUCCUCAGAGGGCCUGAAACACGGGAGCAAUAUCCAAAUAAAUUUAUCCAGAGGGAUGACACAGAUAGGUUUUACAUUUUGAACACGUUAUUCAAUCUACCAGAGACCUACCUGUUGGCUUGCCUGGUGGAUUUCUUUACUAACUGUGACCGGUACACAAGCUGUGAAACAGGAUUUAAGGAUGGAGACCUCUUCAUGUCCUUUAGGAGCAUGUUCCAGGAUGUCAGAGAUGCUGUUGACUGGGUUCAUUACAAGGGCUCGCUUAAGGAAAAGACCCUUGAAAAUCUGGAGAAGUACGUGGUGAAAGAUGGGAAGCUGCCACUGCUGCUCAGCCGCAUGAAUGAAGUGGGGAAGGUGUUUCUGGUCACAAACAGCGACUAUAAAUACACAGAUAAAAUUAUGACUUACUUGUUUGACUUUCCACAUGGACCAAAGCCUGGGAGUGCCCAUCGGCCAUGGCAGUCCUACUUUGACCUGAUCCUGGUGGAUGCACGAAAACCUCUCUUCUUUGGGGAAGGCACUGUAUUGCGGCAGGUGGACACAGUGACCGGGAAGCUGAAGAUUGGUACUUACACCGGCCCGCUGCAGCACGGCAUUGUGUACUCAGGAGGCUCUUCGGACACAGUCUGUGACCUGCUGGGGGCCAAAGGGAAGGAUAUCUUAUACAUUGGAGACCAUAUCUUUGGAGACAUCCUCAAAUCCAAGAAGCGCCAGGGCUGGCGGACCUUCCUGGUGAUCCCUGAGCUGGCGCAGGAGCUGCACGUCUGGACAGACAAAAGCGCCCUUUUUGAAGAGCUGCAGAGUCUGGACAUUUUCUUGGCCGAGCUGUACAAGCAUCUGGACAGUAGCAGCAAUGAACGCCCCGACAUCAGCUCCAUCCAGAGACGCAUUAAGAAAGUGACCCAUGACAUGGAUAUGUGCUAUGGGAUGAUGGGGAGCCUGUUCCGCAGCGGCUCUCGGCAGACGCUGUUUGCCAGCCAGGUGAUGCGCUACGCCGACCUCUAUGCAGCCUCCUUCAUCAACCUCCUCUACUACCCCUUCAGCUACCUCUUCAGAGCCGCCCACGUUCUGAUGCCACACGAGUCCACUGUAGAGCACACACACGUCGACAUCAAUGAGAAGGAGUCGCCGAUGGCCACGCGCAAUCGCACCUCGGUGGAUUUCAAAGAUUCCGACUACAAGCGGCACCAACUGACCCGUUCCAUCAGCGAGAUCAAACCGCCCAACCUCUUCCCCCAGGCACCUCAGGAAAUCACACAUUGCCACGAUGAAGAUGAUGAUGAGGAAGAGGAAGAGGAAGAAGAGGAGGAGGAAGAGGAAUAAGAAGGAAGAAACCAAGUAUUUCUGAAGAUAAACCAUGACUCUAGCAGUGAUCAGGAAUGGAUUCUGUUGUUGGGGCCCUUGGGGUGAUGGGUUGGGGGUGUGAUUCUUGCAAAGGCACAUUUUGAAAGUAUUUGGAAACUUCUAACAAAUUAACACUAAUUAGGAGGAGACCCUUGUUUUCAGUUUUGCAGACGGUUCAAAAAGCUGAUGGAUUCUAAUGGGGUGGUGCAUUCAGAUUGGACUGCCCGCCUGUGCUGUCACGCUACUCCCAUUACAUUUUGGGAUGCUGCAUGUUUCUCCCUUUCCCAUGAUGUGUUUAAUUUGGUUUUCAUUUGAACGAUGUCCUGUGAACGGUUUUUGGCAUUUGUUACAUUCUCUGUGGAGACAGAAGGGAUGUGCUGGGCCCUGCAGGAGACAAAAUGAUCCAAAUCCUGCUGCCCAUUAGGUUGUUGCCCUUAACCCUCUGCUCCUGGGUUACAUAAUCCCCCUCCCCAUGUUAGCCAGGGUGUUGCUGUGCCUUCCAGCACUCAGUUUACCUUCUGUUGGUGUACGUUUCUCUGUGUAAGUGGUUUGACUCCUCCAGCCAUCAUGGAUGACAGUGAGAUUCCUGCUUUUGCACAUCUGCUGCCAUAUGCAUUUCACCUUGUAGCCACUUGUUACCCCUUCCCAGUGUCUCCAGGCUCUCUCACCAUUGGCAUGCAGUGCAUAAUUUCCAGGGCAUUUCUCAAACAGCUGAGCUGCACACUCUGUUCUCAACUCCUCCAGUUUCAGCAGUAAAUAUUAACCCAGGAGCUUGAAGCUGCUGCUUUAGCAUUACAUUAGUCACUCUGUGUUCCUCCUGACCUUUCUGUCUUCUCAACUUUAAGUGAAGCAUCCCAAAAUCAACCCCAGCCACCAUCUGGAGUGAAAGGGCCUGUUGUGCCAGGGGGCUGCAGGCCACAUGGGCCUGCCCUAAACUAGGAGACAGCACAUGCCACAGGGCCAGCCCCAGGGUGGGAGGCUCCGGGCCGUCCAGCAGCUGCCCUGGUCUUUGGUCUGGUGCGGAGCACGCGGAGCCUCAUGGCCGGCUGUGCUGGGCAAGGCUGCGUCCCUGGCCAAGGAGGGCGACGGCUGCCGUGUGGGACAGGGGGUGUCCCAGGGAUGGGCAUGUAGUCCUUGUGCCUGAAAGCCAGCCCAGGGAAGGCACAGAGCUGGCACAGAGCUGGGCAGCAGUGCCCUGUGGUUUUCCUGAGUCAUAGGUGCAGCCUCCCUUACUCCAGCCUCUGCCGUUCGCUGCAAAGGGAUUACAACGAGGGCCCUCUUGUAAUGAAUUUGACUGUUGUUUCAGUACCAUAAACUCAUUUAAUUUUUUUCAUUUUAAAGUACCUUAGUAGAAAAUAAAAAAAGAAAAACCACAACACCAACAUCUGAGCAGGAAAACGCUGCUCUAGUGGCAGUUGUUCAAGUUAAUAAAUGAUGAUGUUUCUAAGAAA